GCGGUCGCUCAGUCGCCUCCUUUCCUCGAGUGCGUUUUCGCCGCAGCUGCCGCGAGAGUUGGUUUUUUUCUUUUCUCCGACACGCGCGUUCAAAGGUGACGGUCCGCGAACAGUUCUCAGUGAGGUGAUAUCGAGGGACUCCUCUUUUCCUUUUCUUGUGAUAAACGUGCCAAUUGGAGACGGACCUCGUCUGCACGUUCGACGAUUUAGUGAACGGGGACGCUAAUAUCCCCGAAGCGGCGAGCGGGAGGCGCGCAGGAGAUGCACCUUGCCGAUACCCAGGCUUGCUGUUCUUAAAAAAAAAACCCCACGGAAGCGGACAAUUGGACACGCGAUCGUCGUCUUUGGCGGUUAUUCGUCGCCGUUGACACCGGACACGCUCACGAGGGAAAGAAAUCCGCGAUGACUCCUCGAGCCGGCCAGAUUCUGGAGGAGCGCUGACAAAGCGCGAGAGCCGCGAUCGCAGAGAGAGAGGAGAAGAAGAAAAAAAUGACCGUCGCGAUGGAGCACAAACGGAAGAGCUCGUGGGACUCGAAGAUUUCAGUGAGCACGGUGAGCACCCGGAGAUUCAGCCGUGCCGGGACACCAAGCUCGAUCCUGUCGUCUGACAGCGACAUUCGCUUCACGAGGAAGCUCGGCGGGCAGUAUCGCUGCGGAUGCUGCGUCCUCGCCGCCUUCUUGUUCUUCCUCCUCUUCUCGGGUGUCUCCAUAUACCUCGGCUACACAUUUCUCACGUCGGAUCCACCCGGGGAUCAGAUAUUUCUCGCGACAUUCCGAGUUACCAAAGGCGAUUCCUUCACCGUGGAGCUGGCUGAUCCCUCUACCGAGGCCUUCCGGUUACGGUCGCGAGAGUAUCGCGACCGCUUUAAUCUUAUCUUCCGUCGCAGCUGGCUGAAAUUAUCGUUCCUCGCAGCGGACGUCCUGGCGCUCGACGGGGUGGAGGGCCGCGAUUUGGUGGUGCACUUUGACGUGAGGUUCGACCCGCGAUAUCAGACUAUAACCACCGGGAAUAUCGUGGACAUCCUGUCGCGAGAAUUGAACCCCGAAACCUCGCGGUACCUCGCAAAUCUGACGAUAGAAGCAAAGAGCCUCGAAGUGCAGGAGAGCCUGAAGGCCCUCAACGCGCAGAGUAGUCCGCAGUCGACCGUCUCGACGUUACCGCCGACAACGACGGUCCCUCCGCCGAGAAGGUGCGGCAAGCUGGAUUUGUCCUACUGCAAACUUCUCCCUUACAAUAUCAGCUCGUAUCCGAACAUGUUGGGACAUAGAUCGUUGGCGGAAGUCGAGGAGGACGUUAUCGCUUUCAGAGAACUGGUGGACGCGGAGUGCUACACGUCGGCCUAUGAGUUCGUCUGCCAAGUGCUGCAGCCUGCGUGUCGAUCGAGUCAACCGGAGGAUCUGCUGCAACUGCCUUGCAGGAGCUUCUGCAGGGAGUUCUGGAAUGGGUGCGGCAGUCGUCUGCCCGAGAAGAUAAAGCGCGCCUUGGAUUGCUCCAACUUUCCGGAGUACGCCGGUCCUGGUAGUUGCAGGCCAAAGCCAGGAUGCGUGCAGGCGCUUCAGUCGAAAGCCUUAUCUCCAAGGAUUUGCGACGGCGUGAUCGAUUGUCCGGAUCUUUCUGACGAGAAGAACUGCGCCUACUGCCGGGAUGGUGACAUGCAUUGCGGAGUAGGAAGAACCUGUGUACCACACACGAAGCGAUGUGACGGCAAGGCGGACUGCCCGAAUGGCAGCGACGAGAAAGACUGCCUAUUCCUGGCGCCGAGCGUCCGCGAACUAAAAUCGCAAUCCUGGAGCACGCCGCACGCCGCCAAGUACAACAAAGAGGGCUACGUCGUAUUCAAUGAGAAAGGUACCAUCGGCAAACUUUGUACGGCGAAUUUAAACGCUACUCUGCCAGAUACGGAGAUGGAUAAUGUUCUCCAAACAGCAGCGAGCUCACUGUGCACUCUACUCACAUACACUGGCGUAGCUUCCGUUGAAGUAAGAACUGACGACGAAGAGGAUGUCCCGUACGUGUACAUGGAGGAUCCCUCAGCACCUGAAAUCACUUUCGUCCGGGCUCCUUGCCCCAGCAAGGAAGUUCUGUACGUCCGCUGUUCCGAUCUCGAGUGCGGAAUACAAUCUCUGCGCGCUAACGGCGGCACCAAUGGUCUCAAUAAGAUGGCAGAACCUGGCGAUUGGCCCUGGCACGUUGCACUCUUCAAGGAGGGAGUUCACGUCUGCGAUGCCACUCUCGUGGCAGACAAUUGGUUACUCACAACCGCGUAUUGCUUCCAAGGUCAACCGAAAGCGGAAUGGUCGGCUCGACUUGGGGUCGUACGACUUUCGAGCACGUCGCCCUGGGAACAAGAACGUAGAAUCGUCGGUAUGAUCAAAUCACCGGUGGAGGGCACGACCGUUCUGGUGAAGUUGGAUAGACCGGUGACGACCUUUUCGGACUUCGUGAGACCGGUUUGUCUGCCCUCCAGCGAGGAUUCACCGAGCAACACAUCGCAAUGCAACACUCUUGGCUGGGCGAGAAAUCGCGAUUUAUUACAAAGGGUACAACUCAAACAUAGUGCAAUGGAGAAGUGUGAAAAUAUCAGCAUCCCUUCAGUAAACAGUGUUUGCACCGAGCAAGCAUAUUCCGCGGACGAUUGCAACGAAGAAGAACUCGCCGGCAGUUCGAUGCUGUGUCUGCAAGAGGAUGGUCGAAGAUGGGCGCUGGCGGGUAUCGGUAGCUGGAGGAUAGCUUGCUCGAAGGACGGCAUCGAGAGACCUCGGUUGUACGAUAAAAUUUCGUCGCAUAUCGAUUGGAUCAAAGCUACUAUUGGUUGAGAAAUCCGUUCGUGAAUUAACAUUUGAUAAACAAAUACGCGAAUAAGACGUAUGCUCGACAUAUCCACGAUGGAUCGCGGACGAUAAGAAAUGACCGUUGUAAUAUUAAAACAUAGGACUGAUAUCGAAAUUGUGAUAGAAAUUUUCUAAAUUGAUACGCGCGACGAUCGUUAAGUACUGCACGCCGACUCAGUCGCGUCCGUCUUGCACGAAUACAUGUUGUUAUCAAUACACCAUUUUAUCAGGACGUUUUUUCCUGAACCCCCUCGGUGUCGUAUGCGAAGAGAUGGACGAAAUUCAAGACCUACUCAACUUAUUUAUCAUCAGAACGUUAUAGUCUUACGAUAACGAAUUAUAUAACAAAAUUUGUAGAAACACUUUUCAUCGUGUACAACGUUUUGCCGAGUCAAUUCAUACGCACUUUACAAAGGAAAUGGCAAU